AUGGCGCUGGCUGAUUUCAGGUUAGAAAGGCGAGCAGAGGGGAAGCCGAAUCCGGGAGAAGAAGCUGCAGAGGUAGCAGGUGAUUUUAGGCUGGAGCGAGGAGCAGACGGGGACGAGGGAGUGAGAGGGGAUUGGGAUGAGGGAGAGAGAGGAGCGGAUCGAGAUGAGGGGGUGACAGGAGGGGAUAGAGAAGGAAGGCAGGUGAGAGCUGUCAUGGUGUUUCUCGGGCAGGUGCGAACUGUCAUGAUGUUUCUCGGGCAGGUGAGAGCUGCUGUGGUGUUUUUUGAACAGGUGCAAGCCGCCAUGGUGUUUCUCGGGCAGAUGCGAGCUGUCGUGAUCUUUCUCGGGCAGGUGCGAGCUGCCAUGGUGUUUCUCGGGCAGGUGAGAGCUGCUGUGGUGUUUCUUGAACAGGUGCAAGCUGCCAUGAUGUUUCUCGGGCAGAUGCGAGCUGUCAUGAUCAUUCUCAGGCAGGUGCGAGCUGCCAUGGUGUUUCUCGGGCAGGUGAGAGCUGCUGUGGUGUUUCUUGAACAGGUGCAAGCCGCCAUGGUGUUUCUCGGGCAGAUGCGAGCUGUCAUGAUCAUUCUCGGGCAGGCGCGAGCUGCUGUGGUGUUUCUUAAACAAGUGCAAUCCACCAUGGUGCUUCUCGGGCAGGUGCGAGUUGCCAUGGUGUUUCUCGGGCAGGUGCGAGCUCUCGAGGUGUUUCUCCGUGCGUUUGAGAACGGGCCUGCGCAGAGUGGCACAGAGGAUCCGCCACGUGCUGUGAGCAUGCAGCACCGUCUGCUCCGCUUCCUUUGCUUGCUCCGCCUGCUCUGCUUCCCUCGCUUGCCUUGCUGCCUGCUCCGCUCGCUCUGCUUCGUCUUCUUCCCGCGCUGA